AUGGCAGAUACAACAUUAUUAUUACAAAAAUCUUAUACAUUAAUUCAACAAGCAGCGAUAAGUGAUAGAAAUGGUCAAUAUAGUAUAGCAUUAAAUUUAUAUACAAAUGGAUUGGAAGGUCUUAUGUCUGCUUUGAAAUUGGAAAAGAAUGAUAGAGUAAUACAAACAUUAAAAAUAAAGAUAACAGAAUAUUUCAAUAGAGCGGAACAAUUAAAAGAUAUAAUAAAGAAAGGUUAUGUUGCACCACCAUUACCAACAACAAAUCAAUCGUGUCACGAUUGUGUCGCAUCACCACCACCAACACCAUCACAUUAUCAACCACCACAACCUGUAUAUAGACCAACUGCACCAACUGCACCACCUCCAUCACAAUAUCAUCCAAUACCAACAAAUACCGAUGAUUUAAUAUUACCAAGUGUUCCCACUUUCAAUCCACUACCAACUCCACCACCACCAUUUAACCCAUCUGUUACAAAUAAUAUAUCAUCGACAAAUUCAUCAUCAACAAAUUCAUCAUCAUCAUCAUCGUUAGGAUUAGUUUCAAGUAAAAAAAUUGAAAAUGGUUCAAUUGGUAAUUCAUAUGAAACAUUAUUUGGUGAUAAAUUAAUUGGGAGCACGUGGAUAAAAGUUGAAGAUCCAUAUAUUAGAACUAGACAUCAAAUUGAUAACUUUGUAAAAUUAAUAGAAUUGGUAAUAUCAAAAUGUAUUUUUAAAGAUUUAAAAUCUCAAUCAGAUAGUAGUUUUAAAUUACAAAAACCAUCAACUAAAUUUAAGAUUGACCUAACUACAUCAACUGAAUCCCAACAACAAGAAGAUGAAUUAAAAUUAACAUUCUAUCAACUUAAGGAUCAAAUUUCGACACAAUAUAAUAUAGUUUUUAAUUAUCAAUUUUCAAGUACUAUUCACGAUCGUUCAAUUGAAUGUAGUAAUGGUUAUCUCAUAAAAUAA